UGUAAUUAUGAAGCAGCCAAUUAUUAUCAAGUACACGUAGAAUUGCUGAAAGUUUGGCUGGGAAUGAGAGACUGACACUUGUUUGCAGCUGUAUUUUUCAAUAAAUUUAUUACAUUACUGAAUUGCCAAGAUAUCGUCUGAAAAUGUCGCAAAGUGAUAUAGGGGACUGGUAUCGCGGAAUUCCGCAGAUAACACGGUAUUGGUUCACUGGUUCCAUAAUAGUCCCACUCAUUGCCCGAUUUGGGUUGGUUAGCAUGAAAUCAUUGAUCCUCAGCUUUGAACUCGUUUUCUACAGAUUUCAGAUAUGGAGGACAAUAACGGCAGUUUUCUUCUUUCCAAUCACUCCAAUGACUGGUUUUCAUUAUCUCAUUCAACUCUACUUUUUGUACAGCUACUCGACAAGAUUAGAAACAGGCAUCUUUGAUGGCAGACCAGCAGACUAUGUUUUCAUGCUCAUAUUCAAUUGGAUAUGCCUUGUUAUUAUUGGAUUUAUAGCACCUCUAAUGAUGCUGAUGGAGCCAAUGAUACUUAGCGCCCUCUAUGUUUGGUGUCAGCUCAACCGUGAUACAAUAGUUUCAUUCUGGUUUGGCACAAGAUUCAAGGCCAUGUAUCUUCCCUGGGUCCUCGUAGCUUUCAAUUGGAUUCUCAGAGGAGGUGGACUAGCUGAAUUGAUUGGUAUUGUGGUUGGUCAUCUCUACUUCUUUCUCAUGUUCAAGUACCCUCAAGACUUUGGCGGAACUGCUUUCCUCUCUACUCCCCAAUUCUUAUACAAAUAUUUCCCAAAUCGUCGUGGAGGAGUAAGUGGAUUUGGUGAGGCACCCUCUUUCAGGAGAGAUCGACCAGACGACAGAGGGCAAGGUCAGGGGCGUCAUAACUGGGGCCAGGGAAACGUCCUAGGAGGCGCUAACUAAGUUCUUUCAUUGUCUGUAAGUCUUGGAAAUAAGAAUACCAUCAACAGCUCCUUGCUUGAUGGAGCUUAUUUUCUUGGUAUUGUACAGUCAAACCUGCUUUAGUGACCACUUGCCUAUAAAGAUCACUUUUCUUGUCUCCCUUGGGUAGUCUUUAUAGACAGGUUCCACUGUAUAUACAGUUACUUGUAAAAUUAUCUUAUUGCUUUUAAGCUAUAAAGCGAAUACAUCUGGUAUUAGGUGAUUAAUUAGGAGGCAAACGUUAUUGUGCUUAUAGGUAGGCAACCAGGAGGCUUGCAAUUCCAUCUAAGGGUGUCUUUGGAAGGAGACCACUUAGAGCACUAUGUUGCCGAAGAGUAGUAUGGCACCGACUUGGUUUAUAACCCCAAACAUCCUUGUUCAACACUACUUAACUAAAUUCUGUACCAUUGCUUCUUUCUUCAUAUCUCAAAACAUAUUGUGUGUAUGCCCAAGGUCCUACUUUUGUGUAAGUGUUUGAUUAUUUAAUAACAUGCCUAUUCAAAGAGUCUCUUCUGGAGGGAAUUCCAGAUCUCUUUUCUUAUUGAAAGUGCCUUACAUGUUUUAUGAUUCAUGUGCACACAUAUUAAUGUACUAUAGUAUUCACCAUUAGUUAAAGUAUGUUGCUUUGUUUAAACUGUGUGUAAAUCUAUGAAAAAAAUACAGGAAAAUAAAACAUAUUAGACAUUUUCAUGCUACUUGCUAUACACAGCAAUUUGAAAUGUAUGUAUCCGGAUGAAGAUCAGUAUUUACAUUAGAGCUUGUACGCUAUGUAAUGAUAUUGUGGAUUGAUUUGAUGAAAACCAGAUUAGGGAUGGCUAUAUUGCACACAAUGUUAAUGAAACAUGAAAUACAGUGUAGUUUUGAAUAAUGAGACUUUAGCAUUAUUGUGUUGCAUUUACUGUACAUCAUUGAAUCAUGUUUUGUAUUUAGUGUACGUUGCCUGAAACGCCCAUGCAUGUACUUUGACAUUGUAAGUUGCAAUAUGGAUAUCCUUUCAUUGCUGGUAAUCUACAUUGAUACAUUAAUUAUUGAUGAAGUAAACUACAGGUAGAAGUACAUGCCAUGAUGUACUGGUAGCAAGUAAAUAAUGAUCCUGUGCAUUAAUCCUGUUAUAAAGAAAUUCAUGUCACUUUAUUUCAAAUCAACUGAAAAAGUGAAAGACCACUCAACAAUGAAAGGUUCUCACUUUGAAAAAUUACAUUACGGAUGUAAUUUUUAGUUGUAGGCAGUGCUUUUAGUUAUAGAAAAACAUGUAUGACCAUAUUAUUGGAAAGGUCAUAUGAUUUGAUUCAUGUCUCUACACUUUUGACUUAUAUUUGUAACCAUGACAAUAACAAAACCCUUCAAUUGUGAAUUUGUAUACAAUGUGAAGAUUAAGAGCUUUAGGACAGCUGUAUACCUUCUUGUAAGCUUAAUACAUGUAUUUGUAUUACAUUCUUGUACAGUUGUCUAUUUAUUGUGGUUAUGUUUAUAUAUGUAUCGUGUUAAAUAGAGUAACAGGGCUGUCAACCCUCUCGCACUUGGAGGGAGUCUCACGCUACCAGCGCAUUCUCCCGCCGUCCCACCCUUCCUCCCGCUCCCGUGUAGAAUCUCCCGGUUUAUGACAAAAAUGCCCGCCAAACAUGGUAACAUCAAUUUUUUUUUCAAGGGGGGGGGGGGAGAGGUAGUGAGCAUUCAUUUUUUAAAUAAUAAUUUUUGUUUAUUACUCAACUCCUCCUCCCCCCCCCUCCCAUUCAGCAAAAAAAAUAAUUUGCAAACAAUCUCUCCUCCAAGCAGUUCUUCAGAGUUGACAGCCCUUGAGUAAUGAGUUUUAAUAGAAAGAGAGAGAGGGAAAAAAAAUGUAAACCUGAAAUGACAGCAUUAUUUCAAGUACAUAUAAGUUGUAUAUAAUAUUCAUCUCCCCGUCUAACAUAUAUAAUGUGAAUAAAUAUUGUUGCUUGGCUUACUA